AAGUGUGCGUGUGGGGAGCAGUGAGGAUGACGGAGUACAAGUUGGUAGUGGUGGGGGCUGGAGGUGUGGGGAAGAGUGCACUCACCAUCCAGCUUAUCCAGAACCACUUUGUGGAUGAAUACGACCCCACCAUAGAGGUAUGUACUGUGUGUGUCCAGAGCUUCUGUCCACAUCUGCAGCUGAUCACUGUGGGUGAUGUCAUGCGGAUGUGGCCCCUCCCCUGGUCUGCAGUGAACGGAGUAGAGUAGGCUAGUGUGACUCUGCUGGCUCUUUGGAGAGACCACUGUUCACUAGGGCAGUGAUGAUACCAGUAUCUCAAUAUUUUUUCCAUGGCAAAAGUGAAAACACGAAGCAGAGUACUAUUUGGUCCUUUUAAAACCUGCUGUAUGCAGAGUAUUGUGUGCUAUAGCUUGGAAAAUAAAUAAACGUGACUCUGGAUGACAACAUAAAGAUGUUUGUUUCCAACAUUAGGGCUGUUUUCCUAAAACAGUUUUGUUUCCUUUCCAUGACUCUAACGAGUAUCGCGAUACUGGUAUUGUCCCGGCCCUACUGUUCACUACAAAAUCUCAUUACCAAAUAUGGCUACUUACUAUCAAUUCAAUUCUCCAAAUGUUUUUUUGAUUCCACCGCUACUCCUAAUUUCAUCCCCCUCCGUUCACAAUAAGAGAGGGAGAGAGAGAUUUGGAGAGACAGAGAGAGAGAGAGAACAGGAGAGUGAGUCUGUCUGCUUUCUCCACUCCCCUCUCUCUCUCUCUCUCUCUCUCUCUCUCGUUCUCACCACGCCUGCCUCUGGCCAGACAAUGUAUUUUUUGUGUGUGUGCAUUCCUGGCCCCUAUGCACUAGCACACAAAGGCCCUGCACCACAUGUUUGUGUCUGUGUGUUAGGACGCUAAACAUUUGCCCUGCUACUCUGCCCUUUUGAUACCACUACCUCUUCCCUGGCCAGUCACACAGCAUAGGGAUUUAGCAUAUAUAUCAACCAGCACACUACACACUCCACUACAUGUGUGUGGUGGGUGUGAGAAAAACGAUCAACUAGGUCCCAGGGUCAUGCUUUAGGCCUAGUCAAGAAACGUCUGUAAAUGGUUAGUUAUUAUAUUGAACACGCAUCAAUACGUCAUUACAUAUGUUAAUUUAGUCAAUAAUGGAAUUUAUUGGAUGUUCCAUCCAGUCCUUCAUCACUAUGUUUCUUACAGCUAUCUGAAACCUAACAAGGUGGCAGGUAGCCUAGCAGUUCAGAGCGUCGGGCCAGUAACCGAAAGGUCGCUGGUUUGAGUCCCAGAGCCAACUAGGUGAGAAAACUGUCUGUGCUCUUGAUCAAGGCUCUUAACCCUAAUUGCUCUGGAGAAGAGCGUCUGCUAAAUGACUUAAAUGUCAAUGGUAACAAGUGUGCAACAGCGGUUGAGUUUAUUGGCAACUGUGGCUGUGGGCCGAUUCACUUACACCCAUCCUUAAGUGAGUGUGAGCAAGUACACACUUGGGUAAAGAAUAAGGAGGCAGCCUGGCUGUAGCAGUGUAACUGGAGGAUAUCCCUCCCCCUGUUUUAGGACUCGUACAGGAAGCAGGUGGUGAUUGACGGGGAGACGUGUCUGCUGGACAUCCUGGACACUGCAGGUCAGGAGGAGUACAGCGCCAUGAGGGACCAGUACAUGAGGACAGGGGAGGGCUUCCUCUGUGUCUUCGCCAUCAACAACACCAAGUCCUUCGAGGACAUCCACCAGUACAGGUGUGUGUGUGUGUGUGUGUGUGUGUGUGUGUGUGUGUGUGUGUGUGUGUGUGUGUGUGUGUGUGUGUGUGUGUGUGUGUGUGUGUGUGUGUGUGUGUGUGUGUGUGUGUGUGUGUGUGUGUGUGUGUGUGUGUGUGUGUGUGUGUGUGUCAGGACAGAGGGCUGUACAAAGCAACAAAAAAAAGCUAGCCUCCGACUGGAGGGAUUACAGCACGCUGUCAAUUAAAUCGAUCCUGACUCAAUUAGACCAGAGAGAGCAAUGUUAAUUUCGUCAAUCAGAACUAUGAUGAAAAAUACUUGUCAACAACCUUUUUCCUGACUAAAACUAUGACGAUAACGAGAUGAGAUGCCCUGGAAACAAUUACAAAUUAGUUUUAAUUUUAGUUGACAAAUGUGACGAGACGACAAUUCCACAUGAGACGAAUGGACAUUCAAUUUGACAUGAAGCUCUUUUUCAUCUUUUUUUGUUUUCAAUCCUAAGUGUUGCUGCAAAUGCGAGAUGCGGUUGCUUUUUUCCUGUGGGAAAAAUGAAUGCUAUUUUUUGAAUAUUAGGAGUACAGUAAUACCGGGUCCUCUCCAAAUACUACCGCUGCACCAUCGAGAGCAUCCUGACUGGUUGCAUCACGGCCUGGUACGGGAAUUGCUCCGUCCACGACCGCAAGGCCAGCGUGUGGUGAAGAUGGCUCAGUAAAUCACUGGGACCGUGCUCCCAACCAUCCAGGACAUCUACUUGAAACGAUGCCUGAGGAAGGCAUGCAGCAUCAUCAAGGACCCCACACACCCCAGCCACGAGCUGUUCUCUCCCUUACCGUGGGGCAGACGAUAUCGGAGCAUGAGGUCUGAUACCAACAGGCUCUGAGACAUUUUCUAUCUACAAGCUACCAGACUGCUGAACAAUUGAACUGACUAACCACCUGCUCUGAUUCUUUUCACCUUAGCACACAUGCACUCACUCAUGCACACACAUGCACACGCAUAUAUAUAUAUAUAUAUAUAUAUAUAUAUAUAUAUAUAUAUAUAUAUAUAUAUACAGUGAGGGAAAAAUGUAUUUGAUCCCCUGCUGAUUUUGUACGUUUACCCACUGACAAAGAAAUGAUAUGUCUAUAAUUUUAAUGGUAGGUUUAUUUGAACAGUGAGAGACAGAAAAACAACAACAAAAAUCCAGAAAAACGCAUGUCAUAAAUGUUAUAAAUUGAUUUGCAUUUUAAUGAGCGAAAUAAGUAUUUGACCCCCUCUCAAUCAGAAAGAUUUCUGGCUCCCAGGUGUCUUUUAUACAAGUAACGAGCUGAGAUUAGGAGCACACUCUUAAAGGGAGUGCUCCUAAUCUCAGCUUGUUACCUGUAUAGAAGACACCUGUCCACAGAAGCAAUCAAUCAAUCAGAUUCCAAACUCUCCACCAUGGCCAAGACCAAAGAGCUCUCCAAGGAUGUCAGGGACAAGAUUGUAGACCUACACAAGGCUGGAAUGGGCUACAAGACCAUCGCCAAGCAGCUUGGUGAGAAGGUGACAACAGUUGGUGCGAUUAUUCGCAAAUGGAAGGAACACAAAAUAACUCUCAAUCUCCCUCAGCCUGGGGCUCCAUGCAAGAUCUCACCUCGUGGAGUUGCAAUGAUCAUGAGAACGGUGAGGAAUCAGCCCAGAACUACACGGGAGGAUCUUCUCAGUGAUCUCAAGGCAGCUGGGACCAUAGUCACCAAGAAAACAAUUGGUAACACACUACGCCGUGAAGGACUGAAAUCCUGCAGCGCCCGCAAGGUCCCCCUGCUCAAGAAAGCACAUAUACAGGCCCGUCUGAAGUUUGCCAAUGAACAUCUGAAUGAUUCAGAGGAGAACUGGGUGAAAGUGUUGUGGUCAGAUGAGACCAAAAUGGAGCUCUUUGGCAUCAACUCAACUCGCCGUGUUUGGAGGAGGAGGAAUGCUGCCUAUGACCCCAAGAACACCAUCCACACCGUCAAACAGGGAGGUGGAAACAUUAUGCUUUGGGGGUGUUUUUCUGCUAAGGGGACAGGACAACUUCACCACAUCAAAGGGACGAUGGACGGGGCCAUGUACCAUCAAAUCUUAGGUGAGAACCUCCUUCCCUCAGCCAGGGCAUUGAAAAUGGGUCGUGGAUGGGUGUUCCAGCAUGACAAUGACCCAAAACACACGGCCAAGGCAACAAAGGAGUGGCUCAAGAAGAAGCACAUUAAGGUCCUGGAGUGGCCUAGCCAGUCUGCAGACCUUAAUCCCAUAGAAAAUCUGUGGAGGGAGCUGAAGGUUUGAGUUGCCAAACGUCGAAACCUUAAUGACUUGGAGAAGAUCUGCAAAGAGGAGUGGGACAAAAUCCCUCCUGAGAUGUGUGCAAACCUGGUGGCCAACUACAAGAAACGUCAGACCUCUGUGAUUGCCAACAAGGGUUUUGCCACCAAGUACUAAAUCAUGUUUUGCAGAGGGGUCAAAUACUUAUUUCCCUCACUAAAAUGCAAAUCAAUUUAUAACAUUUUUGACAUGCGUUUUUCUGGAUUUUGUUGUUGUUAUUCUGUCUCUCACUGUUCAAAUAAACCUACCAUUAAAAUUAUAGACUGAUCAUGUCUUUGUCAGUGGGCAAACGUACAAAAUCAGCAGGGGAUCAAAUACAGUUGAAGUCUGAAGUUUACAUACACUUAGGUUGGAGUCAUUAAAACUCGUUUUUCAACCACUCCACAAAUGUAUUGUUAACAAACUAUAGUUUUGGCAAGUCGGUUAGGACAUCUACUUUGUGCAUGACACAAGUAAUUUUUCCAACAAUUGUUUACAGACAGAUUAUUUCACUUAUAAUUCACUGUAUCAAAAUUCCAGUGGGUCAGAAGUUUACAUACACUAAGUUGACUGUGCCUUUAAACAGCUUCGAAAAUUCCAGAAAAUGAUGUCAUGGUUUUAGAAGCUUCUGAUAGGCUAAUUGACAUCAUUUCAGUCAAUUGGAGGUGUACCUGUGGAUGUAGUUCAAGGCCUACCUUCAAACUCAGUGCCUCUUUGUUUGACAUCAUGGGAAAAGCAAAAGAAAUCAGCAAAGACCUCAGAAAAAAAAGUGUAGACCUCCACACGUCGGGUUCAUCCUUGGGAGCAAUUUCCAAACGCCUGAAGGUACCACGUUCAUCUGUACAAACAAUAGUACACAAGUAUAAACACCAUGGGACCACACAGCCGUCAUACCGCUCAGGAAGGAGACACCAACGUACUUUGAUGCGAAAAGUGCAAAUCAAUCCCAGAACAACAGCAAAGGACCUUGUGAAGAUGCUGGAGGAAACAGGUACAAAAGUAUCUAUAUCCACAGUAAAACGAGUCCUAUAUCGACAUAACCUGAAAGGCCGCUCAGCAAGGAAGAAGCCACUGCUCCAAAACCGCCAUAAAAAAGCCAGACUACGGUUUGCAACUGCACAUGGGGACAAAUAUCUUACUUUUUAGAGAAAUGUCCUCUGGUCUGAUGAAACAAAAACAGAACUGUUUGGCCAUAAUGACCAUCGUUAUGUUUGGAGGAAAAAGGGGGUGGCUUGCAAGCCGAAGAACACCAUCCCAACCGUGAAGCACGUUGGUGGCAGCAUCAUGCUGUGGGGGUGCUUUGCUGCAGGAGGGACUGGUGCACUUCACAAAAUAGAUGGCAUCAUGAGGAAGGAAAAUUAUGUGGAUAUAUUGAAGCAACAUCUCAAGACAUCAGUCAGGAAGUUAAAGCAUACUUCCAAAGUUGUGGCAAUAUGGCUUAAGGACAGCAAAGUCAAGGUAUUGGAGUGGCCAUCACAAAGCCCUGACCUCAAUCCUAUAGCACAUUUGUGGGCAGAACUGAAAAAGUGUGUGCGAGCAAGGAGGCCUACAAACCUGACUCAGUUACACCAGCUCUGUCAGGAGGAAUGGGCCAAAAUUCACCCAACUUAUUGUGGGAAGGUUGUGGAAGGCUACCUGAAACGUUUGACCCAAGUUAAACAAUUUAAAGGCAAUGCUACCAAAUACUAAUUUAGUGUAGGUAAACUUCUGACCCACUUGGAAUGUGAUGAAAGAAAGAAAUGCUGAAAUAAAUUAUUCUCUCUCCUAUUAUUCAGACAUUUCACAUUCUUAAAAUAAAGUGGUGAUCCUAACUGACCUAAGACAGGGAGUUUUUACUAGGAUUAAAUGUCAGGAAUUGUGAAAAACUGAGUUUAAAUGUUUUUGGCUAAGGUGUAUGUAAACCUCCGACUUCAACUGGACAUUCAUGCUACACACACAUCACAACUGCUGCUACCAGACUCUUAUUAAACUGCUCAGUUUAUACACUGCCCCCCCCCCCCUAAAACACAUGUAAAUAUUGGACUGUAAAUUGUGCCUUCCUGUACUAUACUUAUGCUAAAAAUGUAUAUUCUGUUCCACUGAGCCAUUUACUUUAUGUUCAUACUCUUAUCUUUUAUUAUUUCUUAUUGUUGCAUUGUCGAAGGAACCUGCAAGUAAGCAUUUUGUUGGACGAUGUAUACCAUGUGUAUCCCGUACAUAAGACUAAUAAAACUUGAAACUUCUGGCAUUUUUGUAAAGCUGAAUUUCUCCCCUUUUCAAGGAAACAACUGUUAUUUACCUCCUUGACGGUUAUUAUGUGUAGAAAAUCAGAGCUGUGAAUUGUUUAACCUGUAGGCAAGACUUUAUAGCCUAUGUAGUUAAUUAUGGCUGGCAUUGGUUACAAUCUGCCACUAUUAAUGUUGCCAGCUAAGGUAUAUGACGGGAUAGUAGUCCUAGUUGGAAAAGGAUAUCUGAAUGUGCACAUUAUGGAAGUUAGAGGUAGCCUAAUUAUUCAUUAUUUAAUAUUUUAAAAAGCACUGUCUAUUAUGUGAUUAAAAUGGCUGUGACUAAAACUAAACAAAAAUUGUCCAGAGUUUUAGUCAACUGAUAAUAACUAAACCUAACGAAGGGUGAAAUGACUAAAAUGUGACUAAGACUAAAAUGUAUUUUAAGACUAAAACUAAGACCAUAACUAAAUCUAAAAUAGCUGCCAAAUUAACACUGGACCAGAGAAGAGAUGCAGGAGAGGAGAGGGGGAGCACCCCCAAGGAUGAGGGAGGGAGGGAGGGAGGGAGGGAGGGAGGAAUUCCAGAUGGAGACGAUGAUGACGAAGAUAAUCUAUUCUGCCUCCUCCCUCUCCCCACCCCCCGUCUCUCUCUUUCUCUCUCCCUCUUGUUUGUUUUAUUGGUAAUGAGGAAGGUUGUUAUAUUUGGGGAACCACACACUCUAACAGCACAUUUGUCUCCCCCAGUGUUACUCCUGACAUAGCCUGGUGUGCCAGGUUCCAAAGCUCUGUUAAUAACACCAUAUCACUGUCUAAAGAUGGACGUACACUCAACACUGUAAUAAUACUCCCCAUCCCAGAUCCCGGGCCAGAAUAGAGGAUGACUACUGAGUUACACUGGUCAGGUUAUUUAAAGAUGAAUUGUUCAUGUGAUAGACAGCGGGAGAGUGCAGUUCGUUCAGUCCCUCUGUGUUAACUCCAGCUCUAAUGCCAGACUGCCAGCUAUGGGAUUGGUAAGGUGUGCCUGUUGCCCACCAUUUGGCCUGCACUAUACAGGGGAUCGACCUGGCCAAAGCGCUAUGCAGAGUCACUGAUCUACAAAUCACACCAAACGGACCAUAGAUCAGUGUUGUGUAGGUGUUGGUGGGCUUGCAUUGGCUAUUGUGUGUACUGCUAGGUGAUGAAGGUAAAUUGAGGGGGUGAUAUAUAGAUCUGACCCUGUCUCCUCACACAGUCAGACAGUCAUCUGACUGACUGCUUUAGUGGUGAGCUCAUGUUUGCUGCCUUUCCCAUCCAUCUCCUCAGUUGCACAGCCAUGGACAUUGAGCAUGCGCGUCCCAGGUUGUCUUUUUUUGCACAGCACGACCGUGGAAAAAGACAUCCUGAAAUGCCACCACUACAAUUCCUCCACCCAGGUUAGCUGUCCUGCCUGUGACUGUGCUGAGUUACAGACUCAGAGAGUUGAGGUGGCACGGGCUGAGUUGAUGGAUAGAUCUGACCCACUCCCCUCACACACUCACACUCCCCUGGCCUACUGGCUAGAUGGCUGCUGGAGAGAUGAGGUCAUACUGUUUGCUGCGCGCCUGCCUGUUGUCCACCUCUCUCCCUCCCUCCAGCAGUGCUGCACAGCAGGGCCUGCUCCUCUGGGUCAUAGAGCCCCUUGUUUGUCUGACUGGGGUGUUGUUUAUGGAGGGUAGGAGAGGGAGGUAGGAUCCUAUACAGAAGGGUGAAAUUACAAAUGAACUCUGAGCUCCUUCAUUUGGAAUUGAUUAUGGCAACUUUACAUAAUGCAUUAGUUGUGGAAUGACUUUGUAACAGGUGGCUAUGUGUACAGCCAGUCACAUAGUGGUUGCCUAGAGGCCGGCAGGUAGCCUAGUGGUUGAGCGUUCGAAGGUGAAAAAGGUGAAAAAUCUAUCGAUGUGCACUUGAGCAAGGCACUUAACCGUAAUUGCUCCUGUAAGUCGCUCUGUAUAAGAGCAUCUGCUAAAUGACUAAAGAAAUGUACGUAAAAUGUUUACAGUCACCAUGACUAGGUUCUCCAUAGCUGCAAGUGCUUACCACAGGUAGUUCCUCUGUUAUAAGGCUGAUGUAAUGUGGAGUAAGGUCCUCAUUUCUGUACACUGACGUUAAAUGAGAAACAGGUUAGACCAAGUAGGGAACUGACCAGUGUCUUUCUGUCCUCCUGUAGGGAACAGAUCAAGCGUGUGAAGGACUCUGAUGACGUACCCAUGGUGCUGGUGGGUAAUAAAUGUGACCUCCCGGCACGUACUGUGGACACGCGGCAAGCACAGGAACUGGCCCGCAGCUAUGGAAUUCCCUACAUCGAGACCUCGGCCAAGACACGACAGGUACGCUUCCACACACACACACACACACACACACACACACACUUUCUCGUUUUGACCAUUUCAAAUGUUCUAUUGGUUAGGUCCGAUGUGAUUGCCGUUUCCUUGGUGAUACCGAUCCGCCUUUGAAAAGCACACAAGAUUGAUGUAGUUCUGAAGGUGUGAGUGUGUUUGCAGAUUUUAUGUAGUUCUGAAGGUGUGUGUGUGUGUGUGUGUGUGUGUGUGUGUGUGUGUGUGUGUGUGUGUGUGUGUGUGUGUGUGUGUGUGUGUGUGUGUGUGUGUGUGUUUGCAGGGGGUAGAGGAUGCCUUCUACACACUAGUCAGAGAGAUCAGGCAGCACAAGCUGAGGAAGCUCAACCCUCCUGACGAGAGCGGACAGGACUGCAUGAGCUGCCGC